AUGGGGCUUCCUAGAAAACUCUGCAGAACUAAGAAAGAGUUGAAGCUAUGGAACCAGAACGUUUUCGACUUCUGUGAUAAAAAUCUGAGACACCUUCGAAACCAAUUGGAGAGUGUGCAAAAGAUGUCUAUCACUCAUUCUAUGGUGGCUAAGGAAGCAGAAAUCCAAAUGGAAAUCCUUGACAUGGAGGAAAAAAUGGGUAGGAUUUUGCGACAAAAGUCUCGUGAGAACUGGCUUCAGUUUGGUGAUGGAAAUUCGAAAUUCUUCCACAAGUCCACUCUGAUCAGGAGAAGGCGAAACUACAUUGGUGCGGUCAGGGACGGCGAGGGGCAGUGGAUAAGAGGAAGGGGCGAUAUUGGGAAGUACUUUCAGGACUGUUUUCACGCCAUGUUCUGCUUUUCGAACCCUCACAUAGACGCUGAUUUGGAGUCCGUUUUCACUGAGAAAGUCACAGAAAGUGAAAAUGAAGAAAUCUGUCGUGUCCCUGAUGAAGGUGAGAUCAAGGAUGUGGUGUUUAAGUUGCAUCCCCUCAAAGCUCCGAGACCUGACAAAUUUCCAUGUAUUUUCUUUCGAAAGUAUUGGGACAUUGUAGGAGAUUCGGUUCGUUUGAUGGUUCAGCAAUUUUCUCUAACUGGGCGAAUGUAG